AUGAAGGACCCGGCGCCUAGAAUAUUCUCACUCCUUCCUCGCUAUACAUUGGCUGCGCCCGUUCUCUCCCCCCUCGAUCAGUUCACGCGUCGCCCUGUUUUCCAGAGAUUUACAAUCGACGAGGCACAGCGCCGGAGGAGAACCUCGAUUAUCGAUCGGGCAAUGGCGGGCGGGCAGAGCAACAUGCACGUGCUCUCGGCGCUGGACGGCGCCAAGACGCAGUGGUACCACUUCACGGCCAUCAUCGUCGCCGGCAUGGGCUUCUUCACCGACGCCUACGACCUCUUCUGCAUCUCCCUCGUCACCAAGCUCAUCGGCCGCGUCUACUACACCGUCGACGGCUCGCCCAACCCCGGCACCCUGCCGCCCGACGUCUCCGCGGCCGUCAACGGCGUGGCCUUUGUCGGCACGCUGUCCGGGCAGCUCUUCUUCGGGUGGCUCGGCGACAGGGUCGGCCGGAAGAGCGUCUACGGCGUCACGCUGCUGCUGAUGAUCAUCUGCUCCGUCGCGUCGGGGCUGUCGUUCGGCCACUCGCCGGCGGGCGUCAUGGCCACGCUCUGCUUCUUCCGCUUCUGGCUCGGGUUCGGCAUCGGCGGCGACUACCCGCUGUCCGCCACCAUCAUGUCCGAGUACGCCAACAAGCGGACGCGGGGCGCGUUCAUCGCCGCCGUGUUCGCGAUGCAGGGGUUCGGCAUCCUCGCCGGCGGCGCGGUCGCGAUCGGCAUCACCGCCAUCUUCAGAAGCCGGUUCCCGGCGCCCCCGUACGCCGUGGACCCCGCGGCGUCCACCCCGGCGCAGGCGGACCUGGUGUGGCGCAUCAUCCUCAUGUUCGGCGCGGUGCCCGCGGCGCUCACCUUCUACUGGCGGAUGAAGAUGCCGGAGACGGCGCGGUACACGGCGCUGGUGGCCAAGAACGCGGAGCGCGCCGCGGCCGACAUGUCCAGGGUGCUCCAGGUGGAGCUCGCCAAGGAGCAGGCUGAGGUGGCGACGCCGGCGUCCGGCUGCCCCAAGUGCAGCCGGCCGUUCGGGCUCUUCUCGUGGGAGUUCGCGCGGCGGCACGGGGCCCACCUGGUGGGCACGGCGUCGACGUGGCUCCUCCUGGACAUCGCCUACUACUCGCAGAACCUGUUCCAGAAGGACAUCUUCAGCGCGAUCGGGUGGAUCCCGGCGGCACGGACGAUGAGCGCGCUGGACGAGCUGUUCCACAUCGCGCGCGCGCAGACGCUGAUCGCGCUGUGCGGCACGGUGCCGGGAUACUGGUUCACGGUGGCCUUCAUCGACGUGCUGGGGCGGUUCAAGAUCCAGCUCGCGGGGUUCCUGAUGAUGGCGGCCUUCAUGCUGGGCCUGGCGAUCCCGUACGAGCACUGGACGGCGCCGGGCAACCAGACGGGGUUCGUGGUGAUGUACGCCUUCACCUUCUUCUUCGCCAACUUCGGGCCCAACGCGACGACCUUCAUCGUGCCGGCGGAGAUCUACCCGGCGCGGCUCCGCGCGACGUGCCACGGCAUCUCGGCGGCGGCGGGGAAGGUGGGCGCCAUCAUCGGCUCGUUCGGGUUCCUGUACCUGGCGCAGAGCCCGGACCCGGCCAAGACGGCGCACGGGUACCCGGCGGGCAUCGGCGUGCGCAAGUCGCUGUUCGUGCUCGCCGGCUGCAGCCUCGCUGGGUUCAUGCUCACGUUCCUGGUGCCGGAGCCCAAGGGGAAGUCGCUGGAGGAGAUGUCGCGCGAGAACGAGACGGGCGCCGCCGAGCCAUAGGGCCGAUGACCCAAUGGUGUACUAGCUAGAGCGGGGAUUUUGGUUGGUUGGCGCGUGCAUUGGAGUAGGAGAGCUACUAGUUCAGUAGCCGUGUGACGUGUCCUAUGGCUGGAAUAAGUUGUGUGAGCUCAAUGGCUCAUUGAGAAGGAUCGAAUCCAAGAGCAGGUGCGGCUACACGGCCUACACCUACACCGGAGGAGUUCGUUGUGUGCCCGCGGGCGCCACGGGCUGCUUCAAGAUUUUGCGGAUCUCCUCCUUUUUUUUUCGUUUGAGGAAAUCUCCUCCUCCUAUUGUGCUUUGUACACGCCGCAUGGCCCAUUGGCCCAAGGCCAGGGGAAAUUCUGGGGCCUUUCCUGGGCUUCCAAUUGCAGCAAACUAGUGUACGUGCAACAGAAGUCAGGCCCAUUGAAUGCGGAACUAGGUCCAUUUCA